GUUGGGAAGAGUCAGUCAACAGCUGGCGGAUGCAUCACAUAGAGGAGGAAGGCCGGCGGACUGCCUACUAUACCUUCGGCGAGAGUGUAGUAACGGUCCAUCUCCAUGGUGCGUCGUUGCAGAACUUUGCAUUUUGAUCAGCUCCCCCAACAGUCUCAUGUUAUAUAGCCAUGCACUUGCCCUGAGGUACGCCAAUGAUAACGAGGAUGAUGACCAUAACAUGCAACCAGAGCUUGCUUCUACUACCUCAGUCUAGGAUCAUGCCCUGCUUUUCUCGUUCGUUAACCGACCGCCACCUGGAUGGGCCAAAUCCACCAGGGUAGGCAGCCUGCUUGGGAUAACAGUAUCCAAGACGGAUAAUCGGAUUUGCAAUCUAAUAUACUUCAUCCUCUACGCCGAGCCAUUGCACCGGCUGGUUAUCCAAGUGUCCUCCGAUUUGCGCAAAUAUGUGGGAGCUCUCUCCAUUUUCCGGACAUGUCGCUAAAUAUAUAAGAGGCCUCAACCGUUGUGAAGUUUGCUCAACAGAUGUCUAUCUACUCAAUACCAUCUAUAUUCCUUAUUUACCACCAUAUACAACUAUCCGGUUCCUAUUCUUAACCAUGUCUAUCCAGGACGGCUCUCGAUUCGACUUCAUUGUCGUUGGCGGCGGAACUGCUGGCAACAUUGUAGCCGCGCGACUGGCGGAGAGCCGCAACGUUCGCGUUCUGAUCGUCGAGGCUGGUAUUGACGACUCGAUAGACAAUGAGGAUAUCCGCACCCCCGCGAUGGCCAUGGACCUCCGUGGCAGCAAAUACGACUGGGGCUUCAAGACGACCAUGGUCAAACGCGAUGACUACGAGCGCAUCGAGAAGCCCAACACUCGUGGCAAAGCUCUCGGUGGCAGCUCGUGUCUGAACUACUUCUCCUGGGUGCCAGGCUCUAAGGGCACCUUUGAUAUGUGGGAGGAGUAUGGCGGCAAGGAGUGGACUUGGGAUCCCCUUGUCCCAUACCUCCGGAAGAGCGUUACCUACCAUGACGAUAAGGGCCUUUUCCCGCCCGAACUCAAGUGUAUUGGUGCCGGCGGGCCGAUUCCCAUUUCCCAUGCCGAGCUGCUACCCGAGAUGAAAGACUUCCGUGAGCGUCUUGUCCAGGCCUGGAAGUCCACCGGGGAGCCCGUCACCGAGGACAUCUUUAAUGGCGAAAUGCGCGGUCUUACUCACAGCGUUAACACGGUCUACAAGGGCCGGCGAUGCGGAAGCUUCCUCGCUCUUGUAGGCAAACCCAACAUCACCGUCCUUUCCGGAGUGUUCUCCAAAUGCCUCAUGGUUGACUGUGCCGAUCGUUGCACAAAGGGUGUGACGGUCAUCAACGGCUGUGGCCAGGAGAUGAGCUUCUAUGCCACACGUGAAGUCAUUGUCUCCCAGGGUGUCUUUGAAACCCCCAAGCUCCUGAUGCUUAGCGGCAUCGGUCCGGCCGCAGAACUUGCUCGGCACAAUAUCAAGCUCAUCGUGGAUUCCCCCCACGUUGGCCAGCACCUUCUGGACCACCCCGGAGUUCCGUUUGCCCUUCGUGUCAAGGAUUCUUUCUCCAUGGAUAGCCAAGUCCUACGCAGCGGCCGUUGCCAGGAUGAAGCCCGGGACCAAUACUCCAGAAGCCAGUCUGGCCCAAUGGCUUCGCCUUUCCUCGAGAUGAUUGGCUUCCCUCGCAUCGACAGCUACCUUGAAAAAUCUCCCGAGUACUGCGCCGCAAAGGCUGCCAAUGGUGGACGUGAUCCAUUCUGCCCGUACGGACAACCUCACUUUGAACUUGAUUUCAUCCCCCUGUUUGGCAGUGCGUUCCAGUGGCACUUCCCCCACCCUAGGAAGGGCAGCUACAUGACUGUCAUGGUUGACCUCGUUCAACCUGUCUCAGAGGGUGGAGAGGUUACACUCAACAGCACUGACCCACUGGAGCAGGCCAACAUCAACCUGAACUACUUCAACAAUGACUUGGACAUCAUUGCCAUUCGUGAAGGUAUCAGAUACGCCUAUGAUGUUCUCAAGCAUGGCGACGGCUUCAAGGAUAUUGUCGAGGAUGAGUAUCCCUGGGAGAUGCCGUUGGAUGACGAUGAGGCGAUGAAGAGAACCGUGCUCGAUCGGUCUCAGACUUCCUUCCACCCAUGUGGCACAGCCCGCCUGUCAAAGUGCAUCGAACAAGGUGUUGUGGAUCCCCGACUCAGGGUCCACGGAAUCAAGAAUCUGCGUGUCAUCGACGCCUCGGUCAUCCCCGUCAUCCCAGACUGCCGAAUCCAGAAUUCAGUCUACAUGGUUGCCGAGAAGGGUGCCGAUGCCAUCAAGUGUGACCACCCAGACCUCUACUGCUAA